AGAGAGAAAAAAGAAAAAAAAAUUAUACAAAAUACAAAUCAUCAGCUGAAAUCAAGAAAGAAACUCUGUGGAGGAGAAUAUAUUCAGAAUUUUUAAAUAUAAGAGACGCUUGAAAUAAGAAAAACAGUAUUGGAAGUGUCCAUUGAAUUGGAGAAGAUACGAAGAUGAGUUAUAUUGUUGUAUUCGCCAUGUUGUGCUUUGUUGGCGCUCUACAUUCGAAAAGCGUUGGAAUGUCACGUGAUCAAGUUGACAACGCCAAGAAAUACCUUCUGAGGUAUGGUUACCUUGACAAAUUUUCCGUCGGAGAAGAAGAACUAAAAGACAGCAUUGCGCGAUUGCAAUAUUUUGCAAACUUGAAACAAACCGGUACUCUUGAUGCUGCCACUUUGAAGCAGAUGACCAUACCUAGAUGCGGAUUAGGGGAUCCAAAGAUUAAGAUUCAACGUAGCAGACGAUACGUACAUCAGGGAUCUUAUUGGAGAAAGAAUUUUCUCACAUGGAGAUUAGAGGGACGAGGCCGAACAUUGGACAGAGAAACAAUUAGAAAGGUGAUGAAGAAAGCUUUCACCUAUUGGAGCGAUAUCACUAAUCUGGAUUUUAAAGAGGUUAAUGGAAACAAUCCAGACAUUUGGGUUAAAUUUGUUACCCGAUAUCAUAAUGAUCCAUACGCAUUUGAUGGUCGAGGUGGUACUUUAGCUCAUGCGUUUUAUCCACACAACAACGUAGGCUUAAGUGGUGAUGUCCACUUUGACGAUGAUGAAGAUUAUACCUACAAGUCACCACGUGGUCGAAAUCUUUUGUGGGUUGCAACUCAUGAAAUAGGUCACUCAAUUGGACUUGAUCAUUCAAACGUUCGUGAAGCUGUUAUGUAUCCAUGGUACACAAAGUAUAAACCAGGCUUUAAACUUCAAUACGAUGACAUUCUUGGAAUUCAAUCAUUGUACGGUUCACGUAGUAAACCAAAGUCAACAACAACAACAACAACCACAACGACGACAACAAAAACGACGCCGAGAACAACAAGAACGACAACUACUAAAGGACAGGUGGUGCCAAACUACAAAAAGUGUCCUGCUUCCACCAUCACUGCAGUUUAUUACAAUACAUACGCACGCCUGAUAAUAGGUAUAACGAAAAAAGAAAAAUUAUACUUUAUUAGAGCUGCCGGUGGAAUUCGAUAUGGUCCCGUAGAAGCAAGAAGUUAUCUGCCCAGCAUCAGAAUUCCAGGAUCAAUUGACGCAGCUUAUGAUACAAAUAUUUUGGAAAACCGACCUUAUACAAUCUUUUAUUCCGGCACAAAAUAUUACAUCUACCAGCAUUUCCGAUACCGAUCUGGUCCUCAUAGUAUAUAUGGAAAUAUACCUGGAGAUAAAAACCCUCUUCAAUUAGACUUACCAACGUGGGUGAAAAAGAUUGACGCCGUAAUGACGUGGAAUGGUAAUGGACGUACGUACUAUUUUGCCGGAGAAUAUUAUUGGCGUUACAAUGGCAAACGAAAGACUAUGGACUCUGGUUAUCCAAAAAGAAUUGUUGAUGCUUGGAAAGGUCUACCAAGAUCAAUUGAUGCUGCUUACAGCGAUAAAGAUAAAACCUUCUUUAUCUCAGGAUCGCAAUACUACCUCUUCGAUGACAAGGCUAUACGAGUGAAACCCGGAUAUCCUCAACAUGUUGGACGCCAAUGGUUAAAUUGUGGCGGUAAAUCCUCAGAAGUGGGAGGAAUUGGUGGUCUUAGUAUUGGUGAGGCGCAUGCAAAAGAAGGCGUUCACCCAUAAUUGUAAAAUAUAGUUGAUAAAGGAAGAUAAUAUUUUCGAUGUAGAAAAAAAGAGCAUUGUACUAUAUGACAAAGUUCUGUUAGAUAUAUAAAUUUUUAUUUAAGUGGUGUUAAAAUGGAAUUUGCACAAAA